UGAUUGGUUCUACAGCGGCCAAAACUCAAAUGUACGGAACGAAACAAAGAACAAGAGGUUCGCGCCACGGGCAGUUUGGUGGAACAUCAAGAUCAUCCGCCGUGGCGAAAUUUCACACCAAAUCCCUACUUAAUUUAAGCCCAAGAAAUUCUUAAAAAAUUCAUUUGAAUAAUAAUCUUUGAAGUUUGAACUGAUGUUGAAGCCUGUGGGCACAGAGGGAAGAAUCUCGUUAAAUGUCGGGUUAAAUCUGAUGCUGGAGCUUCCCCUUUUGGUCUCUCGCGCCAUUGAUGAUAGGUGGUGGUGGUGGUGGAGGAGGAGGAGGCGGCGCGUCAUUUGAUGGGCGGCAGAGAAACCGAGAAGGAGGAGGAUUGGCCGGUGACUUCGAUUGCUGGGGUCAGACUCGUUGAUGCACCCGUUCUUUUCUUCGUCGCUACUCAUAAGGCUUUCCGGGCUGAGCUUGCUGCGCUCCGCCUCGUGGCGGCGGAGGCAGCGAGGAAUUGGGUUUGUGGAGAUGAAGUCGUGGUUGACCUUAGGCGGAGGUUGGAGUUCUUGAGGCUUGUAUAUAACUAUCACACUGCUGCUGAAGAUGAGGUUAUCUUUCUGGCAUUAGAUGCACAAGUAAAGAAUGUGGUGUCAACAUAUUCACUUGAACAUAAAACCAUUGAUGAUAACUUUAGCUCCAUCUUCCAUCACUUGGAUCUCUUAAUGAAGAGAGAUGAAGAUGCUCCUCAGAUGUUUCAAGAGCUUCUCUUUUCAAUAGGUAGUAUCCAGUCCAUGAUUUGUCAGCAUAUGCAGAAAGAAGAAGAGCAGGUUUUUCCUCUGGUGAAGCAGAAAUUCACUUCCGAACAACAGUCUCAGCUUGUCUGGCAGUACAUGUGCAGUGUUCCCAUCAUACUGCUGGAGGAAUUUUUGCCAUGGAUGACUCUUUAUCUUACUUCAGAUGAAAAGUUAGAUGUUUUAGGUUGCAUAAAGCUUAUUACACCUAAAGAAAGAAUUCUUCAAGAGGUGGUCUUAUCCUGGAUUCAGAAAGUAGAGGGAUCUUCUUCUGAGGCCAGCGAUAUAUACAGUAAAGUGUGUCAACUUUUAAAUGGACUAUCCAGUUCCAAGGAUAUAUAUGAAGAAGAACGGCAACUGGAGAAAGCAUUUCCAAUUCAAAUAAGGGGCGUCGGGGUCCCAAUCAAGGGUAUUCAUAUUUGGCAUUCUGCUCUCAGAAGAGAUUUUGGUGAUAUAAUACGGGAAUUAUAUCAAAUAAGAAGCUCAAACUGUUUUUCAAGCUUAUCUUCAGUAGUUGUCCAGCUAAAAUUUAUUGCAGAUGUCCUGAUCUUCUAUAGCGAUUCCUUGGACAAAAUUUUUUACCCAUUGCUAAGCCAAUUUGCCAACAAGAACCUAUCUUCUUGCAGUCCACUCAUCGAAGAAAGUCAUAUUAAGAAUCUUCGAGUGUUGCUUUUCUGUGAAGCUCAAGGUUCAGAUCAGAAUAGAAGAAGCUUCAUAGAGAUGCUUUGUCAGGAACUCGGAUCUGUUGAAAGGUGGUUCAGCAAAAACCUGAUUUUUCUUGAAACCGAGGUUUUCCCAUCUAUUAGUGAGAGUUGCGCUAGCGAGAUGCAGCUGUGGUUCCUCUACACAAGUCUUCAUAUGAUGCCACUUGGGUUGCUAAGGUGCACUGUUACUUGGUUCUCUUCUCACUUAACUGAGAACCAGUCCAAUUCUAUUCUAAAGAACAUCAAACUGGGAUGCCCUUCGAUCAGUAAGCCUUUUAUAUCUUUAUUACAUGAAUGGGUUCGCAUAGGUUGUUCAGGGAAAACCUCGAUUGACAAAUUCAGACAAAAUCUGGAAGAAAUGUUCAAUGGUAGAUGUUUUUACUUGACUAAGCGAAACAGGCAGGACACUGUAUUCUGUAAUGAGCUGCCUGGUCCAAACUCAACAAUAAAGAUGAGGGAAACUGUGGAUAUCCCCUCAUCUUCUGUCUCUGUUGCAACUGAAGAGCGUAAUAUUUCUCAUCCUAGUGAGAUGAAUCUGCACAUUUUCUUUUCUCAGAUGUUUAAAAGAAUGCCACCCCUUCAAAAGAAUCUUGCAGAAUCUGAUGAUGCUAUGUCUCUGAAUCUUGAGGCUAGACCAAUGGACCUCAUCUUUUAUAUCCAUAGAGCUCUCAUAAAAGAUCUGGAAAAUCUUGUCAUCCUAUCAGCUAAGCUGGCUGCAAAUGUUGGAUUUCUCGCUGAGUUCAAGAACCGCUUCAAACUUUUACAUAACAUCUACCAAGUUCAUAGUAUCUCAGAAGAUGAAAUUGCUUUCCCAGCUCUGGAAUCAAAGGGAGCACAUCAAAACAUAAGCCACUCCUACUGCAUUGACCAUAAAUUGGAAACCAAACAUUUCACGAGAACUUCCAUAAUUCUAGAUGAGAUCUCUGAAUUGAAUGAUUGUGAAGGGUGCAACAAGACUAGGCUAAAGUACUACCAUUUGUGUUUAAAGCUCCAUGAAACAUGCUUGUCUAUGCAUAAACUACUAUCUGACCAUAUAUACCGUGAAGAAGUUGAAAUUUUUCCUUUGUUUAGAGGAUGCUUCUCCACUGAGGAAGAAGAGAAGAUUGUCGGACACAUGCUUGGAAGAACAAGAGCGGAAUUUCUUCAAGAAAUGAUACCCUGGCUAAUGGCAUAUCUAAGCUCUGAUGAACAGCAUGCUGUGAUGUCUUUAUGGUUCAGGAUUGCAAGAUAUACGAAGUUUGAUGAAUGGUUAGGAGAAUGGUGGGAAGGUAUGACGAGAUAUAACAUAUCCACAGUGGAAGAGGGGUCAAGAUCUCCUUCAUUGGCUGCUGACCCCAUCGAAGUUGUUUCAAUGUAUCUGAUGAAAGAUGAUGCCAAAAUUGAAAAAGUCGGGCACGACAGAGGGAUGCCAAAAGAAUUUGCUUUCGGCAAUUGUAAUUAUUCUGGAUCUUGCACUGUUGACAAGUCGGUGCUUGCCUAUGGAAGUCAAGAUGGAUGUCCAUCUCAAGAUUUAAGCCAAUAUCAAAAUGAGGUUGACAAGAAGAGAUCCAAUGAAGUGAAUGACAAAUGCCAGGAAUGUCAGAAGUUGAGCCAUCAGGAGCAUCCUCUGGGAAUGAAUCAGGAGGAGCUGGAAGCUACUAUAAGAAGAAUAUCUCGUGACUCUAAUUUGGAUUGUCAAAAAAAAUCAUAUAUAAUUCAGAAUUUGCUGAUGAGUCGUUGGAUCAUAAAGCAGAAGAUGUCUCAUCAGGAGGCUUCUACGGAAAAUCAUAAGGGAGAAAUUCCAGGAAAAAGUCCAUCUUAUAAAGACCCUCUUGAAUCAACUUUUGGUUGCAAGCACUACAAGAGGAAUUGCAAGCUCUUGGCUCCAUGCUGCAACAAGCUUUAUACAUGCAUACGUUGCCAUGAUGAUCAAACCGAUCAUUCUGUGGACAGAAAAGCUAUAACAAAAAUGAUGUGCAUGAAAUGCCUGUUAAUUCAGCCAAUUGGCCCUAUAUGUACGAGCCAAUCUUGCAGUGGCUUCUCCAUGGGAAAAUACUACUGCAAGAUUUGCAAAUUGUUUGAUGAUGAGCGCCAAAUAUACCAUUGUCCUUACUGCAACUUGUGCCGACUUGGGAAGGGAUUGGGCAUUGAUUACUUCCACUGUAUGAAAUGCAAUGCAUGUAUGUCAAGGUCUCUCUUCGUACAUGUAUGUAGAGAGAAAUGCCUUGAGGAUAACUGUCCGAUUUGCCAUGAGUACAUAUUUACGUCAAACUCUCCAGUGAAGGCACUCCCAUGUGGGCAUUUAAUGCAUUCGGCUUGUUUUCAGGACUACACUUGUUCUCACUAUACCUGCCCAAUCUGUAGCAAGUCUCUGGGCAACAUGCAGGUGUACUUUGAGAUGUUAGAUGCUUUGUUAGCUGAAGAGAAAAUUCCAGAGGAGUAUGCUGGCCAGAUUCAGGUUAUAUUAUGCAACGACUGUGAGAAAAGAGGAACUGCCUCAUUUCACUGGCUUUAUCACAAGUGCCCUUAUUGCGGUUCAUAUAAUACCAGGCUUCUGUGACUCAAGUCUUGGCAAGUUUGUCUUUUUUCAAGCAAUCACAUCUACAAUCCCUGUAUGAUUUAUGCAACUGGUAUGAAAUAGUUCCAUUUUUCAGUUGGAGCACUUAGUUUAUGCCAGUCUAUCACCAUUUUUUCCUCUAGCAGAGAGGUUUCUGGAACUGCAAUCUAUUGUCCAGCUGUCAGCUCUUAAGCUUGAUCUAUGAAUAAGAUAGUUUCUAUUAAUGAUUC